UGGGGUGUCAGAAGGCGUUGGGGUGUGGUUGGGGUCGACUGAGAUCGGGGGCCACGGUUGCAAUUGCCCCUACACCCAGAGAAGAAAGAGCCCCUGCGAUUUUCAGGGACUUGUUGGCAACUCAGCGAGGGUUGCCAUAGCUUUUUAUGUAGGGUGACCAGAACCGGCUGAAACUGGUUUGAGGCAGAUCAGCUCCUGAACACAAUGCAGUCACUGAGCUACUACAGUGGGAUAGCUUCCUCCCUUCAUGGCAGCCAAAAGCAGAGGAGCUUGCAGAAAGAUACCAUCCCAAAACAGUAUGUGAAUGCACACUUUAGACACACUGCACUGGCCUAUUGAUUGGGGCUGCCUUUAACCCUUUCAUAUUUGCAGAGGUAAUGCAUCUGUGACAGUAACUGAGCAUUGGCUAAAAAAUCUUUCAAAGGUCAAGGUUCACAAGAUUUGCUCCCAAACAAAUACAUGACCAUGGGGGAUAUGAAGACCCCAGACUUUGACGACCUCCUUGCAGCCUUCGACAUCCCAGACAUGGUCGAUCCGAAAGCAGCUCUUGAGUCUGCACAUGAUGAUCACGAAAGCCACAUUAAACAAAAUGCUCAUACAGAUGAAGAUUCGCAUGCGCCAUCAUCAUCUGAUGUUGGUGUGAGCGUCAUUGUGAAAAAUGUACGUAACAUAGAUUCUUCUGAAGGACUAGAUAAGGACAGCCACCAUUCCACAGGCAACGGCUUACAUAAUGGGUUUCUAACAGCGUCAGCCCUCGACAGUUACAACAAAGAUGAUGGGAAGUCUCUUAAAGAUGAUGGCUCAGCCUCCGAAGUCACUCUGAAGGACUCGGCUUUCAACCAAUUUAGCCCUAUCUCAAGUGCUGAAGAAUUUGAUGAUGAUGAAAAAAUUGAGGUGGAUGAUCCUCCAGAUAAAGACGAGAUGCGUGCAAAUUUCAGAGCAAACGUGCUAACUGGAUCGGUUUCUCAGCAGGAAUAUGACAAGCUCAAGUCACUUGGAGGAGAAAACUUGAUUAAAGCUGGAAUUUCUUCAAGUAGUAUGGAUAAAAACAAAGUUGUCAAAAGAGAUAUGGAAACAAACUCUUUGAACUUAAGUGUCUAUGAGCCUUUUAAAGCUCGAAAGGUAGAGGAUAAGAUGCUGAAAGACAGUUCUGAAAAGCUUCUUGAGAACAGGGUACAUGAUGGAAAACUUAUUACUGAAAAAGGGGAAACAAAUCUUGCCAGCAUUUCACAGUCCAAAGCAAAGUCCUCAGCAAAGCUUUCUUCAUGUAUUGCUGCAAUUGCAGCACUGAGUGCAAAAAAGGCAGCUACAGACACCAGUAAGGAAUUACAGUCUAAUUCAGGAGAAUCUUCUCCAUUGCCAAAAGAUAUGAAUGAAAGUCCCCGGUCUAUUGAGAAAUCACCUGAAUCUCAGAGUCUCAUUGAUGGUGCUAAAAAACCAUCUAUAAAACAACCUGAUAGUCCCAGGAGUGUAUCAAGUGAAAACAGUAGCAAAGGGUCUCCAUCCUCUCCUGCAGGGUCAACACCAGCAAUUCCUAAAGUUCGCAUAAAAACCAUCAAGACUUCCUCUGGGGAGAUCAAGAGAACAGUUACCAGGGUGUUGCCAGAAAUUGAUCUGGACUCUGGUAAAAAGCCAGAGCAAACUGCUGCGAUGGUAACUUCCAUGACAUCUCUCCUCUCUUCACCAACUUCUGCUGCUGUUCUUUCUUCUCCUCCUAGAGCACCUCUCCAGUCAGCUGUUGUCACCAAUGCAGUUGCCUCUGCUGAACUUGCACCAAAACAGGUCACUAUUAAACCUGUGGCUACUGCCUUCCUUCCAGUGUCAGCAGUUAAAACAGCAGGGUCGCAAGUUAUUAACUUGAAGCUCGCUAACAACACAACAGUGAAAGCCACAGUAAUAUCUGCUGCUUCUGUGCAGAGUGCUAGUAGUGCCAUUAUAAAAGCUGCCAAUGCCAUACAGCAGCAAACUGUUGUGGUGCCAGCAUCGAGCCUUGCUAGUGCUAAACUUGUGCCAAAGACUGUCCAUCUUGCCAACCUUAAUCUUCUGCCUCAAGGUGCUCAAACCACCUCUGAACUACGCCAAGUGCUAACAAAACCUCAGCAACAAAUAAAGCAGGCAAUAAUUUCUGCAGCAGCUUCCCAGCCUUCUAAAAAAGUGUCUCGAGUCCAGGUGGUGUCAUCUCUACAGAGUUCUGUAGUGGAAGCGUUCAAUAAAGUGCUGAGUAGUGUCAAUCCUGUCCCAGUUUACAUCCCAAACCUCAGCCCUCCUGCUAAUGCAGGGAUAACAUUACCAACGCGUGGCUAUAAGUGUCUGGAAUGUGGGGACUCGUUUGCUCUUGAAAAGAGCCUAACGCAGCAUUAUGACAGAAGGAGUGUGCGGAUUGAAGUCACGUGUAACCACUGUACAAAAAAUUUAGUUUUCUACAAUAAAUGCAGCCUUCUUUCCCAUGCUCGUGGACAUAAGGAGAAAGGAGUUGUAAUGCAGUGCUCCCAUUUGAUUUUAAAACCAGUCCCUGCAGAUCAAAUGAUAGCAUCUCCUUCAAGCAAUACUGUGGCAUCUUCUCUUCAAAGCCCAGUUGGCACACACACUGUAACUAAAAUACAGUCUGGCAUAACUGGGACAGUAAUCUCAGCCCCAGCAAGUACACCUAUCAUUCCAGCUAUGCCUCUAGACGAAGACCCAUCAAAACUCUGUAGACAUAGCCUAAAGUGUUUGGAGUGUAAUGAAGUUUUCCAGGAUGAGACCUCCCUUGCUACCCAUUUCCAGCAGGCUGCAGAUACAAGUGGACAAGGGAGACACUAUGGGACAGUGCCCCUGAUUUUCCCAGAAUGCACUAAUGCAAACAUGAUUAGGCAGAGUGACAAGUACUGGCAUACAAUGCAGAAGACAUGCAAUAUCUGCCAGAUGCUGCUUCCUAACCAGUGCAGUUUUGCAUCACACCAGAGAAUUCAUCAGCAUAAAUCUCCAUACACGUGCCCUGAAUGUGGAGCAAUCUGCAGAUCUGUCCACUUCCAGACACAUGUCACUAAGAACUGCCUGCAUUACACACGGAGGGUUGGCUUUCGCUGUGUACACUGCAAUGUUGUGUAUUCUGAUGUGGCUGCCCUCAAGUCCCACAUUCAAGGUUCUCACUGUGAAGUCUUCUACAAGUGUCCUAUCUGUCCCAUGGCGUUUAAAUCAGCUCCCAGCACACAUUCCCAUGCCUAUACACAACACCCGGGUAUCAAGAUAGGUGAACCAAAAAUAAUAUAUAAAUGUUCUAUGUGUGACACUGUGUUUACCCUGCAACCAUUGCUGUAUCGCCACUUUGAUCAACACAUUGAAAACCAGAAGGUGUCUGUUUUCAAGUGUCCAGACUGUUCUCUUCUAUAUGCACAGAAGCAGCUUAUGAUGGAUCAUAUCAAGUCUAUGCAUGGAACCUUGAAAAGUGUGGAAGGGCCCCCAAACCUGGGUAUAAAUUUGCCUUUGAGCACUAAACCCAUGACUCAGAAUUCAGCCAGUCACAACAAAGAUGACACAAAAUCCAUGAAUGGAACAGAAAAGCUAGAGAAGAAAUCUCCCUCUCCUGUAAAGAAAGCAGAGCCCAAAAAAAUAAGCAACCCUGGGUGGACCUGCUGGGAAUGCGAUCGACUCUUCACGCAGAGAGAUGUUUAUAUAUCCCACAUGAGGAAAGAGCAUGGAAAGCAAAUGAAAAAACAUCCAUGUCGACAGUGUGACAAAUCGUUCAGUUCAUCCCAUAGUCUGUGUCGCCACAAUCGUAUCAAACACAAAGGCAUUAGGAAAGUUUAUAGCUGCUCUCAUUGCCCUGAUUCAAGACGUACGUUUACUAAACGGUUGAUGUUAGAAAAACAUAUUCAGCUAAUGCAUGGCAUUAAGGACCCUGAUGUGAAAGAAAUGACAGAAUCAACCAAUGUAGAAGAAAGUGAAGUGAAAGAAGACGCAAAGGUCCCCAGUCCGAAGAGGAAAUUAGAAGAGCCUGUACUGGAGUUCAGGCCUCCGAGAGGAGCAAUCACCCAACCCCUGAAGAAACUGAAGAUAAAUGUUUUUAAAGUUCACAAAUGUGCUGUGUGUGGCUUUACAACAGAAAAUCUCCUUCAGUUUCAUGAACAUAUUCCUCAGCAUAAAUCUGAUGGUUCUUCCUACCAGUGCAGGGAAUGUGGCCUCUGCUACACGUCUCAUGUCUCUCUCUCCAGACAUCUCUUCAUUGUACAUAAGCUGAAGGAGCCUCAGCCAGUAUCAAAACAAAAUGGGUCUGGGGAGGAUAAUCAACAAGAAAACAAACCCAAUCAUGAGGAUGAAUCAUCUGACAACAUGGUGUCAGACAGAAAAUGCAAAGUGUGUGCAAAGACGUUUGAAACAGAAGCUGCCUUAAACACUCAUAUGAGAACACAUGGCAUGGCCUUCAUUAAAUCUAAAAGAAUGAGCUCUACUGAGAAGUGAUUAGGUCUUUGAGAAGCAAAAACUCUUCUCCACAUUGGAAUAUAAAUGACAUUUUUGUUACAGAAAGUUCACAGUAUAAUAGUGUUAACAGUACUGUUCAGGCUGUUGCAAUAUAUUCUGCAUAAAUAUGUCCUUUUCACCUCAUUGUCUAUACCCUCCAUAAGUAUCAAAGCAGUAUUUGAGUUGAACAGAGUUUGUAUAUAUUUAAACUAAUAACUUUUAUACUCUUUGUUACGUGUUUGUAUUGGUAUUUAGUGGAAAAUCUGUUUGGGUUAUUUUUUUUUGUUUUGGUUUCUGUUUUUUGUAGUAAGUUUCUUUAAAGCAGAGUUCUUACUACUGGGGCAGUUCCUUCGGUUCUGUUCAACUGUUCCAUAAAUGAAAUGCUUCUGAAAGAAAGGUUAGCUAAUGAAAUGGCACUCAAAGGCAGUGCUUAAAAAAAUAAAGGGAAACUUUAAAGUCAGUGGAAGGUUAUAAAAAUCUUCCCCUAAAAAUAAUCACUACACAUAUCUAGUGAAUGUCGAGCUGGUCUUUGACAGCAACACCAGAAAUUUCAUGUGUUCACUAUUCCAGGUGCCUAUGCCUUUGAAAGCCAUCGCACCUUUGAAAAAUGUCAUUGCACAACUGUGUAUCACUACAUAAUUUUUUAGGCGCUGCCUCAAGGUGUUGGAGGUCAAACCAAGCUAAAACUGUUACAAAAGCGCUGGGCUGCUCUGGAUUAAACAAAUAUGAUGUAAUUAGACAGAUAACUAGGUUUAUAAUUAUGGUGUUUUUGUCAUGUAAUUUAUUAAACAUUAUAUAGAAGCAAGUACACAGCAUUAUGUAUUUUCAUUUUCUUCUGAGUCUUGAAAGAAAAUAGUUAACCCCUGGCUGCGGGAGUUGGUACCUAUCUUCCAGCUCUGUACGCUAAUGCCAAACAUUCUGGUGCUCAGUGUUACGUACACCCUACAAGCGUCAAGAAGCUAAUACACCAGCCUAUUUAAGUAUAAUUGGGCCUUUCAACUUUAGCACAGACCACAUGACAUUAGUUCAAUCAUUUCAAAAAGUGUAUCUAAUAUCACUCGUAUCGCUUUCAUGAAAUACAGAAAAGGUACCAUACUGUCCCUUUCAUAUAUAGUUCUCUGUGAGAGUUAUAUUUUUUUGGUUUGUUUUGCAUUUUAUACCUUGUAUGUAUCCCUAAACAAAUUUUGUACUUUUUUAAAUUUUUUUUUUGUGUAUAUAUAGAUAUCUGCAUGAUAAGCUGUAGUAAUUGUUCGGUUCUUUAAAAGUCUUGCUGCUGUCAGAUGUUAUUAUACACUAUGUCCAUUAUAACUGUAUUAAACACAUUUCAUAUGUAAAUAAAUGUGGAGCAUUUUAGCCCCUAAAGAUUCGUGAGAUUCUGUUAUUUAUCAUUAAAUUUAAAUGACUGUAGAAACCUAAGGAUUUGGGGAAAACUGAUCCUCCUCCUCCUCUGUAAAAAUUUUUCUAACUGCUCUAGAUAUUGUAUAUCAGAUACGUUCUCUCUCUCCACCCACAGUCUUAAUUUGGUUUAUAAGCAGAUGCUUGUUACCCUGUUUCUGUUACUCAGUACUGUUUCUGUUACUGUAGUACUUGUCAUUGCUAAAACCUCUAGCUGAAUUUGCAAGUUCACAGUAUGGUUUUGUCAGUUAUGCACACUGACUACCAUUGCCCUUUCAUUAAGUGUAUACCUCUGGACACUUGUUUGUUGCUGUGCACUGUUGACUGUACAACAAAUAAGUUAUCACUAUGCAGAAUGGUGUUUUGUAUACAGUGAACAGAUAAUAAAAGUUAAAUUUUCACAGGCA